CGAGUGCGCGUGCCGGGUGUGGUGACAACAACUGUUCGCAAAUAACCCCAGAAUUCUAACCCUUGCCGACCCAAAAAUAUCACUUUUUCAAGAUCAGCAGAGUGGAGAGAUUGGAGAUCCCAGCAACGCUCCUUACUCGCACGCCUUAACUCGCUCACCCUCUCAAGCUCUCUCCAAAGUGAGAACCAGUGCUCGUGUCAGUCGUAAACAUAACUCAAAAGCACUGCUGAAGUCAGUAGCCGGCUAAACGCGACUCGGGUCGGAAGUCUCCGCUUCUAACAAUCACAGAAAUUCCUACUAAAAUUCCCCACACAACGCGCGAUAAGGGAGCUAAAUAAAUAAAACCAGUUAAAUAAAUAAAUAAAGAUAUAAAUAUAAAACCAUAUGAAAUGCAACUUUUCGACGACUUUUGCAAAAGCUUUAACAAGGAAUUGCAAAGGGCGAAUUUCGGCUUCGCCUACAAUCGGGUUCAUUUGUUCUACAGAUCUCAGUGGCAAAAAGAUGAGAUCAACACUAUAUACUUGCUCUAUCGCUGGAUUUGGGCCCUGUUUUUCCUGGGCGUGUAUAUCAUGUGCAUCAUCGUUCAGUUUUGCGAUGGAAAAUUCUUUAUCUACAUGACCAAUUGGGGAUUCGGACUGUGCACGAUAACCAUGCUGAUCUCCGCCGUACAGGUCACCUGCUGGCACUUUGACUAUAGGAAUACCCGGAGUCUGGUACAGGAAUCAGCCCACAAGGGGCAGACGUCAAGGGGUCUGAAAAUCUACUGGUGGCUAUACAAUAUGACACUGUCGCUGGCUCUGAUCAUAUCAACAGUUUACUGGGUGUUCCUCCAUGGAAAAAUGAAUAAGCCUAUGAGAUACCCUGCAAUUAGCGUGAUUACUCAUGGACUGAAUAGUGUAAUGAUGCUGAUAGAUUUCCUGGUCAUAGCUUUUCCCCUCAGGAUCCUGCAUGUGGUGUACAGCAUGAGUCUGGCGAUAUUUUUCUUCAUUUUCACUCUGAUUUACCAUUUAUGCGGGGGAACAGAUGAAUUUGGCAAUCACUAUGUGUAUCCCAUAUUGGACUGGAACAAUCCCAACCGCUGUCUGGUGACCUUCGUGGGCAUCUUCGUGCUUAUCAUCUGCUAUUGGAUGCUGCUCUUUGGUGUCUACAAGAUGAAGAGGAUGUUCAAUAGGGCAUUCAGUGUGGUUUGGACUCCCCAUGCCGUGGGUCUGAUAUGAGGGAUACAGCCAGUUACAGUCAUGUAAUAUCACCUCAUUAACACCCGCACAUUUGCCAAGACCAUCGCCAGCAUCUCACUUCGAAUUCAUCUUAAAUUUAAAAGCAUUAUUAAGAGGGAGUCGCAUCACACAUUCGCAUGCAUUUAUUUAUAAAUAGUAUUUGCUAUUGUAAGUUUUAAUCUUCUGGUUCCUUAACAUUGAAUUGGUUUAGUUAGGCUAAUUAGUAAGCAUUGUUACUACAUAUAUGGAAUAUAUAUAUUAUAUGAUAAUGAAAUUUGUUACAAAUACUCUAUGUUAUCCUGUUUAAGAGAUGGAUUAAGAGUCUAAUGGAAUUGUAUAAACUUAUAUUAUAUAACGAAACUAUAACAAAAGUCGGAAUAAAAGAAAGUGUAUAUAACUA